CAUCCCAUUGAAACAUAAAAAAGUAACUGCAUUUGAUCCAUUUUGAAUGUGUUUUUUUACAAGAUGAUGCUGUUCUGAUGUAUGGUACCAUAUAUGUGAAUGUAUCUCCACUGCUAUUUCGUAUAAGAUAUGUUUUGCAUGCAUUUUAAUUCAUAAGAUACUUUACUGAGCAACUCACGGAUAUGAAUAAAUAUCUUAACCUUUUGUUCACUUUGUCUUUCUUCCAACAUCUCAAAUCAUUACGGAUCCGUUUUCCCGCCCACACUAAACUUUAUGCAGCUGUCAGCCCAAGAGCAUGAUUUUUUUUCUUCAUUAGCCAUGAUUUAGAAUGUGAGACUCAGCCCACAUAAACAAGCCUCACUGUUUGACAAAUGGUGCUUAUUAACAAUGUGAAACAUGCCCUCACUGUAGCCCACACAAUAAUGCCAUUUAACAGGUUUAUCACUGUAUCUCAAGAACUCCCAGCACACCUCUCACCAGCGGUGCUCAUCAAAAGGAAACACAAACAUAAUCGUGCUGCUUUACUUGUGCAUACCUCAGUGAUCCAUUGUAUAUAUAAUGUUCAUUACACUCUUGCUAUGCGAGUUAUACAGUUUACAUAUGUAGACCCGGCUUCGUAGUUAUUGUAAAGCCGACAACAAUAUCUGGUCUGGAUGAAGCAUCAAAGUGCAAUAUAAUUUAGAAGUAGAGACAAUGUGCAAGUUGGGAUGCCAAUAAGUUGCCCUUCAUAAGUUGUGUGUGGUCUGGUUAACAGCUGUAUCACUUAAAACAAUUGUCACACAUGUAUAAUAAUUAUUUGCAUUACAUAUCACAUAUCUAUAUAUAUAAAUAUAUAUAUGUGUAUAUAUAUUAAUCUAUAUCUAUAUUAUAUAUUCAUUGGCAAUAUCACCUUACUAAAACAUGUAAUGUAAAAUGUUUCUUUUCACUGUUUCAUAUAUUAGUAAAUUGAAUAUACACACCACUUGUUUAAAAAAAGACUGAAUGCUACUUGUAUUCAACACAUUCUAGAACAUGUGUACAUUUUGAAAAUAAACUGGAUGAACAGUUAGUUAUUUUUGUUACACAUACUUAACUUCAUUUUAGUCUCUACUACUUCAGCUGACAUGAAAGUCCAGAGUUUCUGUCUCUUCUUCUUCCUACUUCUGACUUCAACCCUCGGAGAGGACACAGUUGCAGAGGACAUUGGCGUCCAUCAGAUGGAGCGUUUAGUGGAGAUGUUGACGUCUAAGGAGUGCAAGGACCUUCUAUUCGCCCUCUCUCACCCAGAGGAAAACAUCUUCAAGCGCCUUAAGCGUCUCUCACCAGAACAAAAUCCACUAGAUCUUAAGCCUCGAGCCAAGAGAGACGCCUCUCCUGCUGCAGAUAGCGAGGCUCAGUGCCGGGCGGCACUGACGGACUGGAUGCAGAGGCACGGCGAGCAGACCUACUUCGACAGGCUUUCCCGCGCCUUGCAGCACAUCGGCAGAACCGACAUUGCAAUUGAAGUGGGGAAGAACAUCAACCAGGACAAAAUCUUGAACCUUAAACGCUACGUUGAAGAUUACCACAAAUAUGUCGAAUCUUUGAACUUCCCACCGAAACAAUCAGACUCAAAAGACCAACAGCAGAACCAUGAGGUCAAAAAAAGAAGAGUAAGGGAUCUGACAUACCGUGACCUGGAUCUGAUCGUGGAGCGGGCUCCUGUCACUCCUUACCUGAAGGGGCCUAUGGAUGUAGCUCUGCCCUUCUUAUUUGGCAUCCUGCUGGGCUUCGGAGGCACCUUGCUGGCAGGCAUCUUGAUACUUCUCGUCGUCCUACACAUCGCCAAUAGAAACCAGAAGAACUGACACCCCAGGGUCGCCAGCAGCAAGCUCAGAUUUAAAAAUGCAGGACCUGGGAGGUCAGAGGCUGAAAAGUACGCAGCUUCGGGUUAAACGGAAUAGGAAGCCUUAAAAAACUUAUACUCAGCAUUAUGUCCUAAUAUAUGUACAGCUGCAUGCAUAAAUAAAGGCCAAAAAAAGACUUUA